AUGUUGAGAAUCUUUUUUAAUUCCAAGAAAGUAUAGAUGGAUGAAGAGAGUUUGACAAGAGAAUAAGUACAUGAGGCUUAUGAAGCCUAAGUAUCAGAAUUGAAUGAAGCAACAGUAGCAGUAGAUGAUGCUUAGGUGCUUUUAUAGAUACUCAAUAAUCCAUAUUGCAUAAGUGAAGAAAUUCCAAAUUCAUCUUCAAAGAUAGAAUUAAGUAUCAAAUCCGGAAGCAAAACGGCUCUUUUCUUAAAAGCUUUGAUCACCUUUGAUUCAAGUUAAGACUUUUAAGAGAAAGGGGUCUUAAGCGAAAUUGUGGAUUAUUUGAAUGAAUUUAGAUAUGCUUUUUUGAACUCAAUCAUUGAUUUAUCUUUAUAAGAGGCAUAGGACCAAGAAGAGUUUAAAGCCAGAAUUGAAAAAUUCACUGCUGUUUAUCUGAAUUCUAAAGAUAAUCUAAUGCUCACAAUGGUGAUUUGA